AUGACCUCCACGACGUCGAAUAUAAAUUUCGGAGACGCCGUCUCUAGCGUCCAAGCUAACAACAUCAACGGCGAUGUCCACAUUGGCAGACAUGAGAACACACUCGAUCAUCUCCCACGGGCCGAGGAUGCACCGUUCAACUCGUACGCCAGGCAGCACGAACAUGGAUGCCUUCCGGACACGCGCGUUGACCUGCUACAAGAGAUACACAGCUGGGCGGACGGGCAAGACGAGCGAUGCAUAUUCUGGCUCAGCGGCCUAGCAGGCACAGGCAAGUCGACAAUCGCGCGGACAGUCGCGCAUAGCUACUACACAAACCAGCGUCUCGCAGCCAGCUUCUUCUUUUCGCGAGGUGGCGGUGACGUCAGUCACGCUGACAUGUUUGUUACGAGUAUCGCGGCGCAGUUAGCGGACAACAUUCCAGCGUCUCGAUGUCAUAUACGAGAAGCUAUUGCAGAGCGCAGCAGUAUCGCUAGACAAUCCCUGCGUGACCAGUGGCACCACCUUAUCCUUUGUCCGCUGUCCAAGCUGCGCGAGGCUAGAUCAUACAUCCUAGUCGUUGAUGCCCUUGACGAGUGCGACAACGACAGCAACAUCCAAAUCAUCGUACAGCUGCUGGCCGAUGUGCAGCCGUCACUGACAGGCGUCCGACUACGCGUGUUGCUGACUAGCAGGCCAGAAGUACCAAUCCGGCACGGGUUUGGGCAGAUGGCAGACUCGAAGCACAAGGACGUCGUGCUACACACCCUCUCGCCAUCGGUCGUUGACCAUGAUAUAGGCGUUUUUUUCGAGCACUGGCUGAGGAUUAUCGCAAAAGACUGUUACUACGAACAUGACUGGCCAGGUGCAGAGAAUAUUGGACAAUUAGUGCAGAGUGCAUGUGGACUCUUCAUCUGGGCUGCAACUGCGUUUCGCUUUAUUCAAGAAGGCGGACAGUUUGCUAAAGACCGACUGCGCAUUGUUCUCAAAGACAGUGCUGUUACAAACAAUUCAUCAGAGGACAGCACAUCCAGUGAGGAUUCCGGCACAGAUGAUCAGCUUCAGAUUCUCCCUGAAAAGCGAUUAGACAAUAUAUAUCUUACAGUUCUCAAGCGUCCCGUUCGUCGAUAUACAAAGUACGAAAGCAAGAAGUGGUAUGCCUUGGUAAAAGAGAUUCUAGGAGCAAUCGUGCUUCUUUACUCGCCGCUUUCUGCAACUUCGCUAGCCCGGCUACUCCAUAGGUCUACAGAGGAAGUUCGUCAAACGCUACAUGAACUGCACUCUAUCCUCGACGUUCCGCAACAUUCAACUUACCACGUCCGUCUACACCAUCCAUCUUUCCGUGAUUUUCUUCUCAACAAAAACCGAUGCAGGGAUGACAAUCUCUGGGUAGAAGAGAGGCAGACGCAUACAGCACUAGCAGAAAAAUGCAUUCUGCUUUUGUUGAGCUCGCUCAAGCAGGAUAUUUGUGGGAUAGGGGAUUUUGGUGUGCGUGCGGCUAAGAUGGAGCGGAAACAACUGGAGCACUACAUUCCUCCUGAGAUGCAGUACGCAUGCCUCUACUGGACCCACCACCUUGCUAAGAGUGGUGCCCCACUUCUUGACGAUGAAAAAGUGCACGAAUUUCUCAAACAGCACUUUCUCCACUGGCUUGAGGCCCUGAGCUGGAUGGGUAAGGUCUCCGAAGGCAUCUACGCCAUUAGCUCCCUCGAGUCAAUCGCCCUAAUUGGUGACUGUCCUGAUCUUGCCGCAUUUAUCCACGACAUGAAGCGGUUCACACUGUACAGUCGGUUGCCCAUCGAGCUAGCUCCAUUGCAAGUGUAUAGCAGCGCUCUUGUAUUUGCACCGGUGAAAAGUAUAGUGAAGAAUCAAUUUGCGGAUCAGCUGACGCAAUGGAUAAAGAGUCCGCCUCAGGUAGAUGAUGACUGGAGUGCAUGUCUGCAAACGCUUGAGGGUCAUAAUGUCAUGAUCCGUUCAGUAAUCUUCUCGCACGAUUCGACACGGCUCGCGUCAGUUUCGUAUGAUAAGACAGCUAAGAUCUGGGACGUCAGAAGCGGCGAGUGUCUGCAGACAUUCGAUGUCUACAGCGACCCAGUGACUUUCUCACACGACUUUACCCGGCUGGCAUCAGUGACACAGAAAAAUACCAUCCAGAUCCGGGAUACCAGUAAUGGUGCGUGUCUACAUACACUUGAGGGCUAUGGGAAUGUUGAAUUGAUAGCCUUUUCGCACGAUUCUAUGCACUUCGCGUCAGCUUCAUCCAAUGGGACUAUCAAGAUCUGGGACGCAAGCAACUGGGUGUGCCUGCAUACAUCUAAAAUCCAUAAAGACCACGUUGACUUCAGAGUCUUCUCGCACAACCUGAUGCAGCUAGCGACGGUAUCAAAGCCUAGAACUAUCGACAUCUGGGACACUAGUCGCGGUGUGUGCCUGCAGGUGUUCAAUCAUUUUGCUCAUUUUGAUACCCCAAUAGCCUUCUCGCGAAACUUGGCGUGGUUGGCAUUAGGGGAACUGAUUCACAUUGCCGAACUCUGGGAUAUUAGUAGCGGUGCGUAUCUGCAUACGUUUCGAGGCCAUAAGCGUCCGGUUAUAUCACUAGCCUUCUCGCAUGACUCAAUGCGGCUAGCAUCAGCGUCAGUAGACAAGACUAUCAAGAUUUGGGAUACAAGCAAUGGUCAAUGCCUACAGACAUAUAAAGGCCAUAACAGAGGCGUUAAUUCAGUAGCCUUCUCACACGACUCGACGCAGCUAGCAUCAGCCUCACAGGACGAGACUAUCAAGAUAUGGGAUGCUAGUAGUAGCGCGUUCCUGCAGACACAUGACAGCGUGAGCUCUGUGUCCCCCUCGCAGGACUUGAUGGAGCAGACCCCGGAUACUUUAGCUUGUCAGUGUGUGGAUUUAGGCGGGGGCGUUCAUAGUAUGAGACAUUUCCCUCGUAGCCCAAUGGCCAUUCUUUGUGGCUCAACAAGGAUGGUUCGUGCAUCAAUCAGCGGGACUAUCAAAAUUGAAGAUAGGGACAGUCUUGCGUGCCUUAAAAUACUUGAAGGCCACCGCGGCUCUAUUGAACAACUAGCUAUUUCAGAUGACUCGAUGCGGUUGGUCUCAGCGUCACAAGACAAGACUGUUAAGAUCUGGGACACAAGUAGCGGUGCGUGUUUACAGACGCUUGAGAGCUAUAGUGAAAGCCCUUCUAGCUUAAUAGCGUUCUCGCGCGACUCGCUUCUGCUAGCUUUGGCUUUUAGAGAUGGUGCUGUCAAGAUUUGGGAUAUUAGUAGCGGUGCAUGUGUGCAGACACUCAAACACCGUGAUUUCGAUAUCUACAGUAUGGUGUUCUCCGAUGAAUCGACGCGGUUGGCGUCAGCAUCAAUCGAAGGGACCACCAAUAUCUGGGACAUCAACAGUGGCACGCUCCUGCAGACAUUCAGGACCUGUGGACUUGGCCUUUUUACAGAUAUUUUCACUUUGUUAGAGUAUGAAGGAAUGACAAGACCUCAGCAAAUCACCCAUUGCAGCAUCAACAUUUCUGCAGAUCGCACUUGGAUAACCCGUCAUGAUGAAGAAUGGCUGUGGCUUCCAGUAGAAUACCGACCAGGUCAUUUUGUUAUUUCAGGUGGACGUAUUACCGUAACGACACGGCAAGGAAAGACAUGGAGUCUUGAUUUUGUCUAA